CAGCUAGUUUUGUUCUUUGUGAGGACCCCAUCAUUCUCAAGCAACUUGCUUUCGCUCACACUAUAAUAGAAAGAUAUCAGACAGGACGACAAUGGCAGACGGUGGAACUUUUCCCUGGAAACGUCAAAAUAUUGACGAGUCGCGUGGACCAGCGGGCUCUUACGAUGCGGUCUACCGCACCCUUCCCGAUCUGCCCGAUGGAGUAGCGUGGCAGAGAAACGAAAAGACGCGAGAAUGGUCUCUGAUUCGUGUCGAUCAGCAACAAGAAAAAGACAAGUACCAAUAUAAACUGCAGAGAGCCACGGCAUGGAAUCCUCGUACAGGAAGAGAACAACUCACCGUGACUCCAGUGCCCAAAGUUCCCACGAAAGGUGUUGAUGAUGACCACACGGUCGCAACGGUGAUUUCUGCCAACGAAGACGAUGCCCCUCCUCUUCCCGUCGUGGGUAAGGAUUAUAUAGUUCAUACAGUGGUGCCAUCUGAUACGUUUUCUGGUCUCUGCUUGCGAUACAAAAUCAAACCUGUGGAACUUCGACGCAUUAAUUACUUCUCCGGCACGAACUUGGCCUUGGCGCCUUCCAAGCUCUUGAUUCCUCUAACCACGUCCAUUGAGAAUCUGCGUUUGCAAGAUACGUCUUCGCCAGAAUACAAAAUGCAAAUGGUGCUCACGGAAUUUCCCAAACUGGCCAGUGUGGAACGCAAGGCUUAUUUGGAAAUGAAUGAGUGGGAUUUGGAACAGGCUCUGGAAGAGAUUCGGCAAGACACUGAAUGGGAGAAGGAGCAGUCAUGCACAGGAGUUCCUGUUGCCAAGGAAUGUCCUCCCGGCAAGCCGAUGCUGCAACCUUUGGAAGUUGACGCCUAAAACUACUGUCCUGUACCGUCGGACCUUCGUCUGAGUCGGGUAGGAAAAAUAAGUGUGCCCUGUUUUAAAAAAUGGCGUGGAUGGAGGUAUGAAUGCUCAAAUGCACGAAGCAGAAAUUAAUAAAAUGAUUUGUUCGCGAUCUUGACACCUGCUU